CGAAAACUAGAUGCGGGCCUGCAUAUUAGGCAUGAAUUACAAGCCCAAAUUAUAUCGCGAUUUGGAAACCAAACACAAGUUAUACGAAAAAAACCAAUAAGCGGCAAAAAUUGCAGAAUAUUGUUCUACUAUUAUUUCAAAGAUUCAAUCUUUUAAGAAGAAAAAUUCUAGAGUUUCUUCAGCAAGACCAUAAGUGAAGGGAAACACUUUAGGCAUCAGCAUGUGCUAAAUAGAAUUUGUCUAAUGUCAUUUCUGUUGUAACUUAGAGAAACAGGUUUGUAAAGAUUUUUCUCGAUAUAGGGAGCCAUGAUUUCAAGCAGCAACUUAUUUCAUAAAACCCACUAUGAGAUCCUAGAUGUGAAGGAAGAUGCAAAUUUGGAAGAAGUCCGUAAAGCCUAUCGUUCAGCCAUACUUUGUUUUCAUCCAGACAAGCAACAAAAUGCAUCAGAAACAUCUAAUUCUGAAUGUCUGACAGAGAACAAAUUUUUGGAGAUACAGAGAGCCUGGGAAACCAUUGGCAACCCAAGGUCACGUGCACUUUAUGACGCUGAAUUGCUUACUUUGAGACAGGAUGCAGCAAUAUCUGAAGAUGUCAGCUUAGAUGACCUUACAGUUCAAGAUUCUGGUGAUAUUAUAGAGCUUUCUUAUCCUUGUAGAUGUGGUGACUACUAUUUCAUCGAUUCGUUUGAGUUGGCAGACACGGGUUGUUCAAUAUUAAGAGACGGGGAAAUGGUGUCUUUGCUAACGUCUAAAUCAUUGCCAACAUCUGUUGUGCUUCCCUGUGGAUCUUGCUCUCUUAAAGUUCGCUUACUGAUCAAUGGUGAUUCUAGGCUUCCCAUAGAUGUUCACUUGUAAUUGUAACUGUGUUGGAGACACAAUUCUCUAUGAUAUUUUUGCU